AUGUAUAGAACGGUGAUAGAGUGUAGUGGAGUAUUUUUAAAUUAUAAGGAGAUAUCUGAGCAUAAAGUUGAUAGGGUUAUAUUAUCAGCACCACCAAAGGAUGAGUGUAUACCUGUUUAUGUUUAUGGGGUUAAUUCUAAUGAGUAUAACAAUGCAUAGAGUAUAAUAAGCAAUGCGAGUUGUACGACUAAUUGUGCGGCACCAUUAUGUAAGAUAUUAUAGGAUAGGAUAGGGAUAGAAUAUGUAUUUAUAAGUACAGUGCAUGCAUAUACUGGAACAUAGGCAUUAUUAGAUAGGAGUAAUUAGAAGAAUUUAAGAUUAGGAUUUAGUGCGAAUAGAAAUAUAAUACCUAGUAGUACGGGUAUGGAUAGUGCAUUAGUUAAGGUAAUACCUGUAUUAGAGGGGAAAGUUAAGGGUAUAGCGAUAAGAGUACCUAUAGAGGAUGUUAGUUUAUUGGAUAUGACGGUAUAGUUAAGUAAGGAUGUUACUAGGGAUGAGUUAAUUAAGAUAUUAAAGGAUGAAGUUACGAUGAAUUAUAAGGGGAUAGUAAGAUGUUCAGAUAAGGAUGAGCCUAUAGUAUCAUAG